AUGCCCAUUCAGAAGCUAGGUCUAGGAAUGAAGACCGUUGGCAUUUUUCCGGCCUCCGGCGGCCUUGGGGGCAGCACGGCCACUCAUCUGCUCAAAAUUGUGCCGGGAGAUCAAGUCACACUUAUUGCCCGGUACCCUGACAAAACGCAGUUGCUCCCAGGGGCGGACAAAGCACGCAUCAGACAAGCAUCCCACGUGCGGGACUAUCGCGUCAAGGUCCAACUGCCAGCCAUCGACGCAGCACAUAGGGCCGGGGUGAAGCACAUCUUUUAUUCUUCCCUCGGGUUCGCGCUGCCCGACAAGAAGGAAAGCCUGGCCGAAGUCAUGCUUGCCCAUCUUGAGAGCGAGGAGCAUCUGCGAAAGAUUGCUGCGGGAGAUCCUGCUUUUACAUGGACAAGCGUCCGGGAAGGCCUCUACCACGAAUCGUUCCCCAUCUACACGUCUUUCUGGUCUUUGCAAGCCCCAACGGAUGAGAUAUGCAUCCCCCACAACGGGGAUGGACCGGGGAUCAGCUGGGUCAAGCGUGACGAACUCGGCGAGGCCACCGCCAAACUCAUUUCGCAGUAUGCUUCGUUGUUGCCGGCAGAAUCUUGGCCCCAUGUCAACAACAUCGUCUGUUUUACUGGCCCGCGUGAGCUGACGCUUACCGAUACUGUGCAAAUGCUUGGGAAAGCUGCUGGAAAGUUGGUUCGCAUUCGGGAGGUAGGCUUCGAUGAGUGGAUUGCGCAACCUCAGAUUCUGGAAUAUUUCGGCGAUAGGGAAAAGGCGAAGACAUGGGCCACGGCCUGGGAUGCGAUUCGUGCUGGGGAGACUGCGUUUGUCAGCUCGACUUUGGAACAAUUACUUGGGAGGAAGCCUCAGGAGUUUGAUGUAGCAAUCCAGGAUAUGAGCUUUGGGAAGUACCUGUCUCGUUUUGAUGAUUCAAGGCAACUGGUCCGGCUCGCACGGCGAGCUCAGCUCAGUUUGUCGAAAAAGGAAGAAAUUUACCAGUUUCAGAACAGGAUGCGCGGCUUUGUCGCGGCUCUCGGCGUCAUACAGACGAGAUAUUGCUCGAGGGAAAUCACUGCGCAGAUCAGCAGAUCACUGGACGAGCCAUGGGAUCGAAAACCGAUGAAAUUCCAGGAUGCGCUGGGUCGUCGGUAUCCAGUUCCAUUAGAGGGCUUCAUGAACUUCCUCCAAUUCGCUUUUAAGAGCAACGUAACUCUUCAUGCCGCAGUCCAGCAGUGUCAGAUUUGGCUGUUCACUCCAGCCAACUCCAAUCCCGGUCUAUGGUACAUCAUUCUCAAGGAUGACUGGAAGCACAUCAGCAAGCCUGGGGUGCGGCUAGGCAUGUCUUUCGCCACCCAGUCCGAGGAGGAAGGCGGCGCAAGUCAGUAUCCAUCGAGGGGAGCUUCAGCUACGGCACGAACAGACGGUAUCCCGACUGGUCCCACAGACAAUGUCAACAGCCUCGCAGGCCAGCUGAUGCUGAAUGAAGACACAAUUAAGAGUGUCAGGUUUGGAGAGCCCCUGCCACCUUGGGCGACAUACGACCCAAAGACAAAUUUCAAGCUACUGUGA